CACGCUGCGCAGCCCCGCGGCUUCCAUGCUGCCCCGUGGGGGAUUUAGCGGGGAUUAGGGAGGCACUGCCCACGACCAGGCACUGCGGGGGGAGCGGGGAUUAGCGUUAUUUUUACCCCAGAAAUGGGGGGGCCGGGGGCACGACACCGUGGUUAACGGCAAGGGCGGCUGUGGGGCAGAGGGGAGCUCGGGCGGAGCAGCCGUGGGGUGAAGUUUGGGGUCACAAGGCCCAUGAUGGAGCGCCCCAUCUCUUUGCCUGUCCCCUCCCACGGCCCAGCCCUGCAAUCCGUUAAUUCCCGCUGGCCAGAUGCGAGCAGAUGGCACCCGGCUGGGCCCCCCCCCCGCUGCUUGGGGGCUGCCGUGUCCCCUCCUUGUCCUCGUCCCACACCCACCGGGUGUCCCCAGGCGUCCCCUGAGCGUCCCCUCACCGCUUCCCACAGAAGCAGGAUGCUGAGGAUGACACGGACGAGCUGGAAAUCGCCAUCGACAACACGGCCUUCAUGGACGAAUUCUUUGCUGAGAUCGAGGAGACGCGGCAGAACAUCGACAAGAUUUCAGAGAACGUAGAGGAGGCCAAGAAGCUCUACAGCGUCAUCCUCUCGGCCCCCAUCCCCGAGCAGAAGACCAAAGAUGAGUUGGAGCAGCUCACCGCCGACAUCAAGAAGAUGGCCAACAGCGUGCGCAACAAGCUGAAGAGCAUGGAGAGGAACAUUGAGCAGGACGAGGCCCGCUCCUCCGCCGACCUGCGCAUACGCAAGUCCCAGCACUCGGUCCUGUCCCGCAAGUUCGUCGAUGUGAUGACCAAGUACAACGAGGCGCAGGUCGACUUCCGGGAGCGCAGCAAAGGCCGGAUCCAGCGCCAGCUAGAGAUCACUGGCAAGAACACGACGGAUGAGGAGCUGGAGGAGAUGCUGGAGAGCGGGAACCCCGCCAUCUUCACCUCAGGGAUCGUGGACUCGCAGAUCUCAAAGCAGGCACUGAGCGAGAUCGAGGGGCGGCACAAGGACAUCGUGCGGCUGGAGAGCAGCAUCAAGGAGCUGCACGACAUGUUUGUCGACAUCGCCAUGCUGGUGGAGAACCAGGGAGCCAUGAUCGACCGCAUAGAGAACAACAUGGACCAGUCCGUCGGCUUCGUGGAGCGAGCCGUGGCUGACACCAAAAAGGCCGUCAAGUACCAAAGCGAAGCCAGGAGGAAGAAGAUCAUGAUCAUGAUUUGCUGCAUUAUCCUUGUCAUCAUCUUGGCUUCCAGCAUCGGUAGCAUCUUCGCCUGACACCCCAGCCACUCCCCACAGGUGGCCUUUCCCCAUCCUGUUCGAUGAUCCCACCCGUGGCCCUGGGACCCGCCUGCCAAGCCCUGAGGACGUCACCCUGAGGUCCCCCCUCACCCACUGUCCUCACACCAGGGUCCCACAGCUCCCUAACUCGCCAGCACGGAGCCGGCCACAGCCAGGGCUCUGCCUUGCCUGGUGGUGAAGGGAGAAGCUCACCCUUCACUCAGAGCUCGCCUGCAGCCAUUCCUCCACAGCGCCGCUCUCCAGAUGUGCCGACACCCGCACCGCGGCCCUCCUCCCCAAUAAAGAGAUCACUCACACUCGGCCCCACGGUGCUGUGUCAGGGAGUUGUGUCACCCACCUCCGGGUCCCAUCCCCACACAUCCGCAACCCACAGUAACCACACCCAAAGAAGGGCAAUGAAGCUGGUGCGGGGUCUGGAGUACAAGUCAUACAGGGAGCGGCUGAGGGAGCUGGGAUUGUUCCGUCUGGAGAAGAGGAAGCUGAGGGAAAACAUUAUCGUUCUCUGCCGCUCCCUGAAAGGAGCUUGUAGUGGGGUAAAGUUGGUCUCUUCUCCCACGUAAGGAUGAGAGGUGACGACCUCAAGUUGUGCCACGGGAGGUGCAAGGUGAAUAUUGGGCAAAACGUCUUCUCUGAAAGAGCGGUGAUGCAUUGGAACAGGCUGCCCAGGGAGGUGGUGGAGUCACCAACCCUAGAGGUGUUGAAGAAAUGUGAAGACGUGGCACAUGGGAACACGACGUAGUGGGCAAUACUGAAUCACACAAUCACCGAGGCUGCAAGAGAACUCAUUGAGCCCAACCGU